GCCAAGCUGCCAACCCACAAAGCGAACUUCAAGUGAAAUCCCACACAAGCUGCAUUCACCGAUGGAUUUUAAAGAGUUUGGAGGGGAGUCCUCGGAGGGAGACGCGGAGGAUCUGGACAGCGUGAAAGCACUUACAGAGAAACUCAAGCUGCAGACUCGCAGACCGUCCUAUCUGGAGUGGCAGGAGCGGGUACAGAAUGGACCGUGGAAGGAAAGUUACCCAGCAGACAGCUCUGACUCUGAGGGACAAGACGUCCCUGUGCCCGGUGCGAUUCUUAGAAAUGAGAACUCGGAGCUGGUUGUGCGCAACAUCUGUGGCUUUGAUACCAUUGAUGAUGCUUUGGAGUUUCUGAGAAAAGAGCUGAGAGAAAUGCAGGUUCAGGACAACCGCCUGGCCCGUCAGCUGAUCCGCCUGCGUGGGGAGAUCCACCGCCUCAAAGUGGAGCAGGUGUGCGACCGGCAUAAGGAGAUGCUGGACGAUGCCUCUUACGAGCUGGAGGAGUGCGGCGAGGAGUCGGACCUGCUGUGUGACAUCCCCAUGAAGGCUGCCUUCGCUCUGUCCACCCCGCUCAAACACCUGGGCCUCACCAAGAUGAACAUCAACUCAAGACGGUUCUCACUGUGUUAAAAACCUGUUUUCAUUAUUUUUAUUCAACUUGUUUCCUCCUUUGGGAGGUGUUGAUAGAGUAAAGGUGCCCUGGGUGGAAAUGAAAAUUACUGUGCACCUUGGCGUGACAUGCAUGAGGAAGCUUCAGUGUGCAGACCUGUAGGAGCACACACCCUUUAUACAGACACACCUUCCUGCUGGACGGAGCCCGGGCUGCUCUGCACAUUAGACAGAUGAAGGCUAUGAGCUAGACUGAAAUCUUAAGGUAGAUAUGUAAUGGGCAUUAUAUAUUAAACACAAUAAUUUGGUUUUACUUGUGCCAAAGAAGUGCAAAACAUACUGAUUUGCUUAAAGAAUGUCACAGAAAAGAAGCUUUAUGGUCCCAGAACAGGAGGGAGCUUUUUACAGAUUAGUGGUUCCCAACUUUGGGGCCGGGGCUCAGACAAGAGGUCGCAAGACAGAUUUGCGACUUACGGGCUUGGAACUAGAAAAAAUAAAGAUUUUGUCCAGUCUUUUCUAUUUUUAUUCAAGCAAAUUACGGAAUAACUUCAUCUCUUCCACCCUCUGAUUGAUCUGGUUACAUCCGGUGCUGAGUGGUUGCAGAAGCCAUUGUUUCAUUUAAGAAGUCACAAGCCAAAAAACUGCUUUGCAUCACUUAUACCUUAUUUGUGGACUAAAAAAGUAUGAAGGUGGCACAUCUGAUCCAGUCCAGUCAGAUAAAGUAAAUGUUCAGGAACACUAAAUCCUUUAUUACAGCAACAUCUUGGAGCUGUUGAAGCCUAUUUUACAGGGUCCCUAACACUGUCCUCAAAGGAAGUGGGAGGUCACACGCCAGCAUUUUUACGUCUCUUCUAUACAAACCAAAUAUAUCUCCAUAGCCUCACCACUGCAGGGACAGGACCUAGGAGGGAGGCUGUGUUAAAGCAUUUUGUUUUCCAUUACCAUAUACAGAUGCUGCAGAGCAUGGAUUGGAAACUAUAUAUGGCUGGACAGUGACCAAGCGUAUCUUGUUGCUCAGUGGGCAGUUUAGAGUUAAAUGGUUUAUGAUAUAGCUUAAUACUAUUAGUAACAGCAGAUAGGAAGAAUAGGAUAUAUUUUUGUUGAGUGAUGCUGUUGAUGGUUGCAACUGAUAAAUGUUAUAUAUAUAUAUAUAUAUAUAUAUAUAUAUAUAUAUAUAUAUAUAUAUAUAUAUAUACAUAUUAGCAGUAUUUGUUACAACAUGCUACUGUAAAAUGAUUGUAUAUUUGACAAAUAAGUAUAAAAGAAAUGCAUUAAAAUGUAUUUUUUCUUGCACCUACAAAACACUAUUAAACGAUUUUACCAUAAA